UUGGGCUUUUGUUCGGCCCAAACCCAAUUCCCAACCCGAAAUACUAUACCCAAAUUGCAAGUUGCUUACAAUACUCCCUGCCAAUUAGUUUUCAUAGUAAUUUAUUUUUUGUUGAUUAACUUACAUAAAUCUCGUAGUUUCAGCAAUAUUAUAUAAAAUUUUGGAUAGUUUGCUAAUUAUAUGUUAUCUCGGAAUUUUGAAUUAUAAUACAUAUGUUAAGCAGUGACUUAUUUAUGUAAUUUUUCGCUUUUUUAUAAUCAUCUUCUUGUUCGGCAAACUUUGGCGCACCUUCAUUAAUAAUAAAUAAGAGAUGGUUUUGGUGAAAUAAUAAUGGGGUCAGAGAUGGAAGAGAGGCUAAACAGUUUUGUUAGUCAGUUGCAGACUGAUUUUGCAAUUCUUGAUAGGCUUGUUUACAAAAACAAGAAUCAACAUAGAAGAUGCUCCUAUUUUCAGUACCUAUUAAAGGUGAGAAGAGAUCUGAGGCUCCUCCAAGCAGCUAACUUGGAGGAGGUAUUGAGUGCCUCCUUUCAAGUUCUUUAUGGGAAAAGACCUAAGCAAAAAGUGCAGCUCUUGGAAAGCUUAAAGAGGAGAAAAUCUAAUGGUGGCAAAUUUAACUUUCUGGAGCGACUUUUAGGGGUUGCACACCUGUUGUCGCAGAUGGUUGAGCCAAUGUUAAGGGCAGCUUCGGAGAUAUCCACACUUCUUGCACGAUCAUUUUUUAUGGGAUUUUCGCUGACAGUAUUGUCUUUGCUUGCCCGAAUAAGAGUUCUAGUUCAGCAAAUGCUUCUUGAUGUUGUUUGUAUAUACAACAAGGUGUCCUCCUUAUCUCAGAGGGAACAAGCCAUAAAAUUGACUCAAGAUGGAUUUGAGGUUUUUAGAGAAUACUUUCCGCAAAAGGAGCAGGCGGUCUUCCUCAAAUGUAUUUGGGAAUCUGAUAAGUAUGUGUUAGUUGAGAGACAAAACGAGAAAGAUGUCGGGAGCCAGGAAAAGGAGGAUGGAGAAGAUGUUUCUGUAGAAGCAUCUAAGAUUCAAUAUGAAAGCAUUGAGGUUUUCCUAGGAGAUGACGAACCUGAAAAGAUGGCCUCUAAAGAUUCGGCUGAGGAUGGUCAAGAUGUAAUGGACAAAGAUAAAGCAAAAUCCUUGGAUGAUCCUAUCAAAGAGAAUAAUAAUGAAUCUCGAGCUCAAGUUCAUUCAGCUAUUGCAGGACCUUCUGGCAACAAUUUUGAUGCUCCUGAAGCCGGAGCACUUCCAAGGUCCUCACCCGACAAGAAACCUGCAAAAGCCAAACAUGGAUCAAGGAAUAACGUUGCAUUUGUUUCAGUGAAAAGACCCAAAGUUUCAAAAAACAAUGACUUGGGGUUUGGCAUUCAUGGAACAGAAAGGAGUGAUAAUCCUGGUGUAGCUAAAGAAGAUCCAUUUUUCAGUUUACUUACUAGUGGAAAUAUGAAGAACAGUCUAUUCUGAACUUCACCUUUUUAGUUUUCUUUUUCUUUCUCUUAACUCGUCGCGGGGAAUCUGCGCUUGCAUGUUUGUGAUGAAGAUGUUCCUGCAUUUGGACAAUAUAUAUAAAUUGGUUUCAAAUUUAAA